AUGUCCGCCAAAUCGAUUUACCUGGGGGGCCGUUCGCCAGAGGAAAUACCGUCCUCGGUAGAUGUAUCAGGGGUGGAGACUCUAGAUGAGUUGCGAUAUGGUAUUGCCAAAUUGUUCUCAAUCGCAGACUCCAAAUCUCUUUCAUUCCAUGGCGAAUCAGGCCUUCUCUCUACCAUCGACGAGAUCCGCCAGACGACGACCAAAAUAGGGGUUCGCGUCGAUAGCCACCUUAUUCGGGAGCCUCUUAGCCCGCCUGAAAUUCCCCUUGUUGGAAGCUAUUUCGAGAUUCAUCCUGACCACAUCGGCAACCAUGAUCGACUCUUUCGGCGGUAUGGGAGCGUGAUCAAGACGGUCAACAUGGGUACGACCGUCUACUUCACCAAUGACCCGAGAGUCUCAGAAAUAGUCCUAGGCGAAAAUGAAUUCUUCACCAAGAAGACGUCUAACUCCAACCAUCCGCUUUUUUGGAUGAACGACAACACGGCACUCUUCACCUGCGACACUGCUGCUCCUGCCUUCAAAAUGGCCCACCGAUUUGUGCCUCCCAGUAUGUCCACUAAAGCGGCUAAGCACUACGUCCCGACGCUACAACGUGCCGCUGAGGCCUCCUUUGCCGUUUUUGAUGAACUGGAUGACCGCAAACAAGCGUGGCAUACCUACCAGUACAUGUUCAAACUAGGGGGCCAAAUUGUCUGCAAGGUUAUCCUAGGUCAGGAUGUCGGCCACUUUGACACUGUCGACACACACCCGCACGAGAUAAUCCGACUAAUGGGCGAGUAUCUAGCUCUGAUGAAGCAGACCUCUCUCAGUCCUCCAUGGUUUAAGUACCUGCCUUUCAGUUCCUCACGCCGGCUAUCCAUUGUUCAAGAGCGUCUGUGGGCACUCAUCGACCAAGCCGCUGCCGCAUGGCCCUUACCUGAUGCCCCAGAUUUACCCAUUGCACAAGCAGCACUAGAGUCCACGUGUAUAGCGGAUUAUCUCAAGCGCGCCAUCGACGAUGCCGGCCAAAAGCUACCCCACAAAUACCUCCUCUCCAACAUCGUCAGCCUCCUAGGCGCCGGACUCACCACUUCCUCCUCCAUGCUCUCCCUCCUUCUUUAUGCCCUCACCAAAUACCCCGGCAUACAAGAAAGAAUCCUACAGGAACUUAUCGACCACGACGUAACCCAAGACACAAAAUGGACCUACGACAACUUAAUGAACCUCCCGUUCCUUGACCGCUUCGUCAAAGAAAGUCUCCGCCUCCACGGGCCCGCCUUUCAAACAGCCCGCAAUACUAAAAAGGACGUCAUAGUCCCCGGCGGAUGGCUGAUCCCGGCUGACUCAGUCGUUAUCCCUACUUUCCCUUCUAUCCACCGACACCAGGACUACUGGGAUAAUCCAGAUCGUUUUGAUCCGGACCGCUGGCUAGCGGCGGAUGUGAAGAAACAUCGCUUGGCAUAUACACCUUUUGCAGCGGGACCACGCGGAUGCGUCGGGUUUAAUAUUGCCCACGUGGAGGCAAGGCUGGUGUUAGCUUUGUUGGUGCUGAGAUAUGAGAUUUGUGAUGUUUCAAAAGAACCUAUGAUGUAUGAUCCCGAAUUUUUGGUUGUCAGGCCGAUUAAUUCUUAUGUGAGGGCUGUCAGGCGGACUAGUUGGCCCGAUAAGGGGGCGUAG